AGUUAUCAAUCUAAUGUAUAUAGUAACGAAAUCGAGAGAAGUCAGCAUGAUCUUCAAUCUGCUUCUACAGUCCACCCCUCUUAUAAUGCUCACAACCGUCAAUCAUAUUACUCACAGGUAUACCCUGGCUCAUCACCACCACAUUCUAAUCAUCCCAUGUCUCAGCAACAAAAGCAAUCACCUCUACCACCACCGCCACUCCCUCUACCUAUACCACCUCAGCAGAUGAUUUCACAACAAAACAUUUCUGCUCCUUCAUCGGACUUAUUGUCCAAUAGAAAUGGUUCAUCGGCUGAUCUCUCCGUGGUACAUCCUCAACCAAAUACUGACAGGCGAUUUAUUCAGAGAGAUCCGAUCAAUUCUCAUCAUAAUGUGCACGAACAACAGCAAAGCUCACCGCAAUCUCAGCCAUAUAAGCUGAAUGUUCAGCCCCCACCACUGUCAGACCUUCUGAAUCCGCCCCGAUCCAUUUCGAGGCCGGUAACACCGCCACCGUCACAGGCGCCUCAACCUUUGAUUUCACGUGACAAUCGCGAAACAUUUCCUUAUUUGGCACCACCACAUCACCAAUCAGGAAGCAAUUCUUCGGUUUCGACUAGAUCUUCAUCACCGGCUCCGGGCACGCCAGUUGCAAACUCAAAUUCUAACAAUAAUGUCUCAUACUCUCCUCACCACAGUCCUAAUAACAAUAUGGCACCUGUUCAAAUUGAAAAGCCUAUUGCUGAGCAAAAUGCUUCACAGCCGAAAAGACGUGGUCGUUCUCAAAAACCACGACCUAUC